CGCCUGGGCGCGCUGCUCGUGCGUGAGCCGGCGCCGGCGCCCGCGACGUUCUACAACAUGGGCUGCAACUGCGUCGCCUUCCUGUACGUUACGCGCGACGGCUAUGAUGCGACGCCUAACGCUCUCCUCGCGAUGGCGCAGCAGUACCACGUCACGACGGUCGAUUACGUCAACACACUCGUGGAGUUGCUACGUGGAAAGAGUGAGAUGACGCCGGCGGAUUUCCCGCCGCCGGCCGUCGCCGCCCCCGCAUCACCGCACCUCCCCGUGGAGGAGUACAGGCAGCCGUCCACGGCCUUUUACAGCGCGAAUGAAUUCCUCGCGGCGAGUCCGUCGCCGAGCAGGCCACUGCAUCAGUACACCUUUAUCGUGCCGGACGCGCAGCUCAAGAAGAAGUACGAAGCCCUCCUGCACUUCUGUGGCGCAACAGUGGUGCAUAUGUCGCCCGACAACGCGGCGAUGAUCCACACGUAUGUGCCAGAGAUGAAAACAGUGGCUUUGGCCAGUGAUGAGAUCUUUUCCGCCCUCGUCGUAGCGCUUGGGAAGGAGCCACACCCCAACACCAUUGACCACAAGAACGACGGCAGCAGCAAGACGGAACAGCAUCGGAGCGACAGCCGCUGCCCAUCCCACGAGACCGAACUUCUAGAGGCGGCGUACACCACAUUUUACCUGAAUGGUGUGUGUGUCAUUCCUGAGAAGAACAUCCAGCGUGCCAUUUUUACAGGCUUUGCCUCAGAGAUCAAUGGAAGGCCAUCGUCGCGAUGCCUUGUGUCCUCCAAGGACACAGUUCAAGAGGAGAGGAAGAGCGACGAAAACCGUGAAGCAUCACCGGCGAUUACGCCAGGACGCGCCGCAUCGGUGGCUCUGUCAGUGAAGCAGCCGUCUCCAUCCCCUGCGUUGUCAGGAUGUGAGGAGACGACAACGAUGAGAAGGGAGCUCAGCAAACCACUGACGGAGGUAGAGAAAAACUCCACACGGCAACCCUCCUGCAGCAAGCAGCUAUGCGACGCUACACAUGAAGAAUUAGCCGCACUGCAUGGUGACACCAAUAGUCACAGGGCUAGCCAAGGAAAGCUAGAAGUGAAGCGAGGACAACAAUCAGCGCUGCUGCCACUACGACAGAAGCAGCAGAAUGAGCCAAAUACGAAGGAUGCGCAUUCUUCGAAGGCGUCUGCGGUGACGCGUCAUGUGGACCCUGCGGCUGAGAAGCGGAAAUCAGGGUCCAAGUCGCCGAGCGUAGAGCAGUCGUCAGCGGUGUUUGUGGCGCUGGAGAAGCGACCGGUCGUUGCACACACGCCGUCUCAAGUGAACGCACCGAGCAUGAGCGGUACAUCCCCCCACCUGCAGCGCGUCGUUGCGCACAAAAUCACACGGCGUCCGAGCCCCGCCGCGUCGCCAGCCGCACUGGAGAGUGAGCGGCGGCAGGCGUCGUCUUCGGUGGUGUCGUCGUCGUCCUACACCGCGUCGCGUCCGCCCUCGGCGGAGUCUCUGGUGGUGCCGCACCUCGAGGGCCUUGGCGGCGCGCAGCAGCAGAAGCAGCGGCGC